CAGGUGAACAACAAUACUUCAAUUAUAAAUUUAUUUUUUUAUGUUAUUUCAGAUGUCUGAACCUGACCUUUAUGACUUCAUGAGAAGUCGCAAUAUUAAAGAUGAUAUUAUAAGAACAUUGAUAGAGGAAAAGAUAGAUUCCCAAACUAUCAUUCACAUGUCAGAAGAGGAAUUGACAAAGUUUGUGCCGCUGUAUGGGGAUCGCAAAGCAAUAAUAGCGUUUAGCAGGGACAGAAAAGACACGUCUUGUGAAAAGAAAAAGAAGACAAAGACGUCGUUAAUGAAAAAACUUCGGGCAAAAGUGAAUGCAAUAAAGGGAGGGGCCUCUUAUAGUAGUGGAGAUGAGGAUGAGGAUGAAAAAGAUGUACGUAGUUCUUUAAGUAAGAAACUGAAAGGCAACAAGAACGCAGAAAAAAAGAAACGUCUUGUGGAUCUAAGCUGUUUCCAUCAUGACGGUGAUGCAUAUCAUCAGAUACGAGGAAACAAGGGCGGUGGCCCUAAGUCGUUUGACAUGGAAAAAUUUGAUACGAUGGGACAAGUAUUAGACCUUGCCAAACAGCUGUAUUUUCCAAAUGGACACAACGCAAUGAGAGGUAAAAUCACAGAAUUUGAGAUAAAACUAACUGACACAUAUUUUCAAAACAUCGACUUACAGUCCACCGUGGAGUCCUGUUAUAAUCGUUUAAAGAUGAGAACAUUGAGGUUCAACUUCUGCACAGAAGGCACUACUAGUACAAUUGAGAGUGACGAGUUGCCACCUUUAUCACUUCCAAAGAAUAGGAAUGCAACAGCAUCUGCUCAGAGUGGAGUUAUUGAAGUAAUGGAAAUUAUUGACUUGCCUCCAACCUGUUUAAGCAAACCUGAAAAAUCAAAUGACAUUUUUGUCACUAAUGAUUUUUAUAAUGCAGAACUUCCGGAUAUCCAAACAAACUUUGAUAUUGCUGAUUUUACGUUCGACGGUGAUAUUGCAUUUGGUCCUAAUGUACGGGCAAGCAAUGUAAGCUUAGACUCGACAUUACCAUUAGAGAGUGGAAGUGGUGAUACUUUGGACAGACCAUUAGAAUUUGCGAAUGCUGGUAGAGUGGAGAGAAAAAUUAUUCGUAUACAUAGGGCUUCAGCUUUAAUGGAUAUGAUAAUUCAUUUUAAAGAUCCAAACAUCAUGACUGUAGACAUUGAUGCCAUCAUGGUAUUAGACAAUGGUAAGGAAGAAGCCGGAGAAGGAGAUGGUGUUUUCAGAGAUUGUAUAACCCAGUUUUGGGAUGAAUUCUAUGAACAAUGCACAGAGGGUCGUAUUUUCAAGGUACCUGUACUUGGGCAUGAUUUCCAAAAGGAGGAAUGGAAAGCUGUUAGUAGAAUAAUAAGAAAGGGUUUUGAAGUCAGUGGUUACUGA